AGUGCGCGCCAGACUUUGAAGCGGAAUACACGCGUCCCCGGUCGAUACCGGAACUGACAACCCGAGAGUCUCAUGCCAGUCGGGCACCUAACAUUAAACUGGCAGCCCAAGCGCGGGCCCUUUAACUAGUAUUUCGGAGUGAAUCUACGUAAUUACGACACGUACUCGUCGUCAGUCACGGCGUCAAUCCGAUUUUCAAGACGUUGAAGAAGAAAUUGGUUCAACCGCGGGACCGACGCCAACAUUUACCGCAAACAACAUGGCGUCAUUACAAGAAAGUCAAAUGGCAGCAUUCGAACGCCUACUCGACCGAGUUUUUGAGCAUAAAACUCAACUCGAAUCAUCAGCAAUACCGACGUCGGAGCCGACAUCGCCGCCUUCCUCGACGCCCGCUCACCAUUCUGGGAACUUCGCGUCAUGCACGGCGCGGUUCAGCGGAGCACCCGGCGACUCACUCGACGGUUUCCUUGACGCGGUCGAAUCAUACAAAGAUUGUGCUGACGUAGGACACGCCAUCGCGUUACGAGGACUCUCGAUAUUACUAAACGGAAAUGCAGCCAUGUGGUGGCAAGGCGUUAAAGCUAGCAUCACUUCCUGGGACGACGCUUUAUCAUCGUUACGAAGCGCUUUCGGUGAUUGCAGACCGCCCCAUCGAGUCUACUUAGAGCUCUUCAAAAUGUCGCAAGGACAAAGAGAGAAGACGGAGAUCGUCGUUGCCAGAGCACGAGCCCUGCUAGCUCGACUCCCACCUGGUGACCUUAGUGAGAAAGUUCAAAUUGAUAUGCUUUACGGCCUUCUACACCGUCGUGUUCGUAAAAGAUUAAGAAGAGACGAAAUAACUUCAUACGACACGUUAUUAAAGAAAACGCGCCAUAUCGAGGACUCCAUCUACGAGACCAGUCCGCCUGAAUUUAUUCAUCAUCCUCAGCGAGCGACGCCACGUUCAUCGGGUAGUACCGUAGGCGAAGUUCCCGCCGGUGCUUCGACUUCGGCGCGGAUGACGCCGCGGAAAAUAUUCAACUCGGGCGCCGCUGGCGGCCCGCCACGCGACGACAGCGCUGCGCCGAGCACCGUUCGAGUCCCCGCGCCUCGCUACACGAACACUGAUAAUGUAUCAUCUACGUCGAUUGUUAAAAGACUUCUGUGUUUAUUGCAAAAAGUACGGACAUAUUCGUGAUGAGUGUUUAAAAUUAGCGUCAAAAACGAAAUUCGACAACGAAAAUACGCAAGCUGUAUCCUCGUGUUACGGGUGUGGUACCAAAGGUGUUACUCGGUCUCAGUGUACAAAGUGUAACGCAAGUUAGGAUUAUUACGCCGUCGACGCUGCACGGACCCGAUCAGUCACAUCCGAUUUACCUAUUGGUAAAGUAAAUACACAGCUGUCAAGUUCAGUGAACUCUAUUCAUCGCGACAGCUCGUUGCAUACAGCUUGCACUUCAAACACCGUAAAGUCGUCCAUUUAUAUUAAUAAUCGUAAACAAUGUUUUGUUGAUAAUGAAAA